AUGUCCCAAACAUUCUCGGACGCUGACAUCGAAGAGGAGCAAAAACAUUUUUCUAAUGUCAUCGCAACAUUCCAGCAAUACGCCCAAUAUUCGCUAGCAGCCAAUAACAGGCGACGAAAAGACAUCUACACACUUUCUCAGGGUGACAAAGAACUUCUCGACGUUCUUGGGUACCGACAAAAACUUCAAGAAGUGGAUAGAGCCAUUCUGGACAAUGCAGAAUUCUUGAAGCUGAUUGUUGCAAACCCCGAGAUCUUUGGCCAUGAUCUCGACUUUCCAAAAGAUGCAGGUGAUGAUAAUGCUGACCUUCGGACUUUUCAUGACCUUUCGCAUGGUGACGCGCAUUCACAUUCUCAUGGUCACCCGCAUCACCACAGUCACUCGCAUGACCAUGAGAAUGUCACCCCAGAUCGCAGAGCUGUCAGCCAGUAUCAGCGAAAGUACAAACCUACGGACUUCGACAUGGACAAGUUGCGAAGCACUCUGAAGCAAUUCGUACGGGACUGGAGUCAAGAGGGAAAAGAAGAACGGGACACGUGUUAUACGCCAAUCAAAGACGCGCUGGUCGCGCAUUUCUCGGACAAACCAUCUCCGGAGUUAAGACAAAAUAUCCGGGUGCUCGUUCCUGGUGCAGGCCUUGGCCGGUUGGCUUAUGAUGUUGCGAAUUUAGGGUUCGCCUGUCAGGGAAAUGAAUUCUCUCACUACAUGCUUCUUGCUUCUUAUCUUAUUUUAAAUAGGACUGACGCGAUUGGACAAUACACCAUAUACCCUUAUGUCCAUUCUUUCUCCAACCUUCCUGACCGUGAAGCAAUGUUACGCCCAGUGAAAAUACCCGAUGUCCUUCCCUCGGCCCUACCAGCUGGCUCGAAUUUUCCUUGGUUGCGGGAGAUUUAUGGAACAGAAUACGAAGAAGGCAAUUUCGAACCACAGGCGGGGCAAUGGGACGCUGUUCUGACAUGUUUCUUUAUUGAUACUGCAAAGAAUAUCGUCAACUACCUUCGUAUAAUUCACAGGAUAUUGGCACCUGGUGGAGUAUGGAUUAACAUGGGCCCGCUGCUCUGGCACUUCGAAAAUAAUGCAACCAAUGAUCCAUCCAUUGAACUUGAUCUCGAAGAAGUCAAAAUGCUGGCUCGAAAAAUCGGUUUUGUGAUCUCUGAUGAGCGAACGAUAGACACGACUUACACGAGUAAUUCCCGGUCUAUGCUGGGAUAUGUUUAUAAAACUGCUUUCUGGACGGCGACGAAAGCUUAAUGAUAGAUGCACCAUGAGCUUCUCUCGUUUAUUGAAUGACACACAUUGCUAUCGUGCAGCCUUAUGAGCGGCGUGUAAAAUGGUAGCAACUUCGGUGAAUGUCGGGUUGUGCAAAAUACGUGCGUGUAUCCGUCGACUGUUCAUCCCUGGUAUCAGCAAUCAUAUUGCAGUUCUCAAUAUGCUCGGAGAUAGGUAUUUCUGCGCACUCAUCGACCCGCUAUCUCAUCAUUUUUCGCUAUUGAUUCCUGACACUGUCCUCCAAACCCAUCCCAAAAGGCGGAUCUCCUCGGGGCUCAUCCCGGUAGUCUCAGGUAAGUAGAACAAACAGAAUAGCCAUCCUAGCAGACUUAGCCUUGUAUAGAACUCGGCGGGAGUAAUUUUCAGCAACCACAUCAGUGAAGUUCAUUUGGUAGUUACUUCACGCACCUAUAUUUCCAGAUACUCAAUU